GCGGUUCUGAAAGAUUUUCGCAUCGAAAGAGACGCCGCGGCGCUUUCCACUUCCCGGUCUGUUUCGAUCCGCCAUUUUUUAGGUAGCAAAGCGUGCGGUUUGCCGUUGUGUUUUAUCGGAAUUAUUUUACGGAAAUACUGACUUGGUUUUUGAACGCACCAUUCUCACGGUUUGCUGUACUGCAGUUUUCCGAUAGGGGCCACUACCUCGACAUCACUCGCACUAGCGGACGCGGCAAGUGAGACGCCAUUGUUAGAUUGCGUUCUCUUGUGUAAAUUCGUGCGUGCCUGUUAUCAGCGUUGGUUAACUCGUUCGUUGAAAGUAGUACGCAGUAAUCUUCGGUGAGUGUGAGAAAUUGUAUAGUGUUUGAACGUAAAUUUAUACAUGAUAAUUAGAGGGUGAUCGUCACUACGGACAUUUCCUAGAGUUGAUGCGCCAUUUCGACAAGGUUCUAGAACGAGCCGAAAAUGCCGGGUUUUAGUAGUGUUGGCACGUUUAAAAUUUUCAUCGGUAAUUUAGCCGAUAAAACAUCAAAUGCCGAUAUUAAACCUCUGUUUGAAAAAUAUGGCAAGGUUGUAGAAUGCGAUGUGGUCAAAAAUUAUGGAUUUGUGCAUAUGGAGAAUGAAGAAGCAGGGAGAAAUGCGAUACAAAAUUUGAAUGGCCACAUAGUUCAUGGACAGCCAAUCAAAUGUGAGGCUGCAAAGAGUCGUAAGGGACCUAAUACUCCCACAACCAAAAUAUUUGUUGGCAAUCUCACAGAUAAUACGAAAGCGCCCCAAGUGCGCGAAUUGUUUGCCAAGUAUGGUACCGUUGUAGAAUGCGAUAUCGUGAGGAAUUAUGGGUUCGUCCAUCUAGAAGCAACAGGUGAUGUCAACGAUGCCAUCAAGGAACUCAAUGGACAAAUGGUGGAUGGUCAACCGAUGAAGGUUCAAAUUUCUACAAGCAGAGUACGACAAAGGCCAGGAAUGGGAGAUCCUGAACAGUGCUAUCGAUGCGGUCGCGGCGGCCAUUGGUCCAAGGAAUGCCCGAAAGGAGGAAUGGGAGGAGGACCGGAUAGAAACGGAUACAGAGACCGAAUGUUUGGACGCGACCCGUAUCCUCCACCGCCGCCACCACCGUUCCUUCGGGACCGGUUAAUGGGUGGUGGCCGCUUUGGAGACUACGAAAGCUACUAUGACAGGAGAGGCUUCGAGGACACCAGGGACCUCUACGAGAGGCGGUUUACGGGUAUGACAGGGCCCUGUGACAUGGGAAGUUCCAUGUGCGGGCUUGACUUUCCACCAAUGACAAUGCCACCUCUACCUCCAAGACGAGACCCAAUGCCUCCUAUGCCUCCUCUAGGUAUGGGAUCCAUGCGCGACACUGGCUUCUCCCGUGGUAACGAGUAUGGCAUGUUCAGCCGCAGAUCACCCCCUCCAAGUGGCAACAAUGGCCGGUUCAGUAGAGGCAUGUACGAGGACUUCAGCCGAGAUUCAUUUGAAGAGCGUAGACCGGGAUUACGAGGGCCAUCGCCGUCGCGCCGGUUCGCACCAUACUAAAUCGUCGCGUCGGGCUCGGAUCGGUCUCUGUCGGUCUGUCUGUCUCUGUGUGUCGGGUCUGUGUCUGUCGCUAGCAGGAAGCCUCGGGACCGAGAUACUCUUGGCCGUCUAUGUCUGUCGAUCUGCACGCGCGAAGAUCUACCAAUUCGCCCGCUCUAUCGGGAAAAAAAAUAUGUACUCGCCCCUUAAUGCGCUCUACAGACGAGAAUCCCUCGCCUAUCCUUCCAAAAAAAAAGAAAAAGAAAAAGAAAAAAAAAGAAAGCAGAAAGCAAAAAUGAAAGAAAAAGAAAAAAAAAAAUAAUAAUACGGACGUAUUAAGCAAGCAAAACACAUUUUAUGAAGAAAUACUUUAUCGAAUUGCAGGUUUCUUUUUUACUAUGCCUUAAAAAUAUCUCUCCUUUUAUUAUUAUUGUUAUUAUUAUUAUUAUUAUUAUUAUUUCACAUUUCUCUCUUUUUCCUUCACUUUCAUCAAAAUUUCCCAUGCACACAUUAUAUACAUGCAUACGUGCGCGCGCGCGAGUGUGUGCGUGCGUGUAUAUGUGUAAGCGCACACGCCUCUCGUUGCGACGUUCGUCCGCUUUCCUCCCGUGAAAAACCUCCUUUAUUAUCGGACCUGUAUCUGAUUUUUUCACGCGUGUAUCGAUUCAAAAAUUGUCGAAUUUUCUCUUUUAAUGUAAGAAAAAUAUAUAUUUGUCGUAGCAUCCUCCUACCGAGAAAUUGCUCCUCAACGUGAAUUUGAUUUUUUGAAUUGUGUUUGAUUUUCUGUCGAAAUUUAAGUAUUGUCAAUGUAACAAAAAAAAAAAAAAAAAAAAUAAAGAAGUAUGUAAUAUAUCGAAGAACACUGGCUGGUGGGAUGAUGCUUUUAACCUUAUAUAUGCAUAGAUGCAUACAUAUGUAUAUGUAUAAACAUGUGUAUGUAUAUAUGUAUAUAUGCGUAUACAUACAUGCGUGUGUAUAUGUAUAUAUGUAUGUAUGUAUGUAUGCAUAUGUAUGUCGCGUCGUAUUCGAUGACCGUUUCUGUGACGAUGACACGCCACGUGUAAUUAUUUUUCCAUCGUAUGAAACUUUCACGCGCUUCUAAAGAAACUAUCGCGAUUUGUGACGAACAGAAGAAUUUUUUUUUUUAUCGAGUAUUCUGUUAGCAAGAAUAUCGAUCGAUUUCAACUUUGAUCAUAUAGCAUAGAGAAUGCGUGGAGCAAAAUUGAAAAGUAUGAAAUCAACAAUCGCAAUGAUAACGGACAAAGUAUAUAUCUAUACACCGGGUCUUUCUUUUCACGCAAAUUAGCUGGGCGUUUCCCGACAACACAUCGCAAAAAAAAAAAAAAAAAAAAAAAAAAAGAAAAUCACAAAAUCGGAAUACAGGCGUUACGCACGAUAUAUCCUUUAUCGUCGCGCUUCGGAUCAUCCCCAGUUAGUUUUGGCAGAAACCGAGUUUCGUGAUGCGUGUAUAGAAAAAUGUGUUGUAAAUGGCAGAGAACGGUUGUUCGAUAUUAUGCGACGAUAAUUUCCGCCGUUUUAGCGUAAUUAAGUAACGGCCAAAGAAAGCGACGAUCUGCGUGCGUGUGAUUUACCGAUAUCGUUUAAAUAUUCCUCCGCCGUAUAUAAUCAUAAUGCUUUCCGAUACGAGAAUAAUGGAAAUAAAUAAUGUCGUAUUUAUGUAUAACUCUCAAGUAACAAGAAAAGUGCGUGCGGGUUCGACUGUCGGAAUCGGUCCCCGAUUACCAGACGAAAUGAAAAUAACAUCUUACAGGAUAGGAUUUCAGAGACCCAGUAGACUCGUAGGAUGCGUCGAUUCUGUAUGGGAUUCUUAAAUCUCGGUCGUGCGAACAUUAUAUCGUUAAUCUGUAGUAACGUAAUAUCGUUUUAUUAACAUAUUAGAAUUAAUUAACGUGAAUAAUUACCGAAAAAUUAAUACGGCAAUCGCAACUGCGCUCCGUUUAGCUUAUAAAUACAUACAUACAUAAAAUACAUACACACUUUAAAGAAAAGAAAAAAGAAAAAAAAAUACACAUGCACGAGUGCGUGUAUAUACAUCUCAGAACAUACAUACGUACAUUACAUACAUGCAUACGUACACACACACACACACACUUACGUAUAUAUAUUUACAUAUGACAAACAAACACAAACACAUACACUUAUAUAUAUAUAAAUAUAGAUAUACCGAUUAUCACCGUUUUUUCGUUUUGAGCAGCGUAUACACAUUGACGACGUGUGUAAUAUUUCUCUCCCCCCGUUUUUCCCAUGGUCCUUUUUUUCUUUGAUGAUACGAUCUGUUUUCAGAGGUAAUUAGAUUAAUGAUAAUCAUACUGAUAAUGGUUUAAAGAAAGGAAUGUAAUAACAAUGUAUUUGUGAAGAUUCACAAAAAAGGCGUUUCGUGUUCUUUAAUCAUCA